UGUUGCCUCGCCAUAUUGGAAAAGGAAUUUGGCGUCUGGCGUCGGACGACCGCUCUCUCCAAUGUCUUUAAAAUAUUGAACGCAUUCUAAUCUGACGAGACGUGUUCGUUUUCGGUUUUUCGAUUGUUCAACAUUUAACUAAAGAACCUGACCAGAUUUCCCAAUCAGUCAUGCCGAGCAAUGCUCAUUCGACGGGUGCCAAUACCACACCGCUGGGCAGGGUCAAUCCUGCCCUGACCGGCGGACGGAGGCAGACAACUUCAUCUCUUUUAAACCCGAAUUAUCUGAAUUCAGAUGACGAGGGAUCACGCUCGCACGGAAGCUACGAACCAAAGUAUGAAACAAGGUACGAAUCGAAAUUCGACCAACCGUCAACAACUCCCAGCUAUGGCUAUGCGACAUCCUCAUCUACAUCUGCCAGUGCUGGUACAUGGAAAAGGGGCCUGGAGGACAGCAAUAACUCAGAUGACAACUCCCUUGGUGGAGAGAAAAAGAAGAAAAGGCGUUCUCGCUGGGGUGGAGAUGAGAAGGAGAAAACCUUCAUUCCGGGCAUGCCAACUGUUUUACCAGCAAAUUUGACUAAAGACCAGGAGGAAGCGUAUCUAGUCCAGUUCAAGAUUGAGGAGAUAACACGGAAACUGAGGACGGGUGAUUUGGGCAUUCCUCCCAAUCCAGAAGAAAGAUCACCCUCCCCGGAACCAAUUUACGGGACGGAUGGCAAAAGGUUGAAUACGCGAGAAUACCGGAUGCGCCGUAAACUAGAAGAGGAGCGACACUCGAUGAUCACUAAGAUGAUUUCUUUAAAUGCUGACUUUAAACCCCCUGUAGACUACAAGCCACCUAUGACGCGCGUCUCUGACAAAGUCAUGAUUCCGCAAGAGGAACAUCCAGAAAUCAAUUUCGUUGGGUUGCUCAUCGGCCCACGUGGAAAUACUUUGAAAUCUAUGGAAAAAGAUACUGGCGCCAAAAUCAUAAUUCGAGGUAAAGGUUCAGUCAAGGAAGGCAAGGUGGGUAAGCCGUUGCCGGGCGAAGAUGAACCUCUACAUGCCUACGUAACAGCAAAUAGUAUGGAAGCCAUCAAAAAAGCAGUUGACCGCAUAAAAAAGAUCAUCAAGGAAGCCGUGGAAGUCCCUGAAGAUCAAAACGAUUUACGAAAAAUGCAGCUGAGAGAACUUGCUAUGUUGAACGGCACGUUCCGGGAAGGCGAGUUCGGUCCACGUUGCUCCAAUUGCGGAGCCACUACCCACAAAGCUUGGCAAUGUCCCGACAAGCCCAACGUCACAAAUACUGUCAUUUGUAACAAUUGUGGAGGUACAGGUCAUAUUGCUCGGGAUUGCCGGACGCCGCGCAAUUCCGGAAGUACUGAUGGAGCACCUGGAAACAAAAUCGACGAAGAGUAUAUGUCUUUAAUGGCUGAAUUGGGAGAAGGACCUCCACCUAAGAGUGAGGGAUCGGGAAGUGGUACGCGUCAAAGCUAUCAUGGAAGUUCUGGACUAUUUGAUCGGCAACAAGGACAGCCUAGAGCUAUUACUGCAGGUCCGCCAAUGAGCGGUCGUAGUGGUGUACCCCCACGCGGUCCGGGGCCAAAUCAGCCCGCUGCCAAUCAAUGGGGUCCCCCACAAAACUAUGGUCCGCAAGCUUGGGGCACUCCCAUGGGCGGAGGAUGGAUGGGUCACAGUAGUAUGUCAUCAGUUCCGCCUCCUCCGGGUACUGAAGGAGCUUCUUCCGCGUCACAGCAACAACAACAAUCGAGUAUGCAGCCAUGGAUGAGUGGACCACCUCAGUGGGGAGGUUGGCACGCCCAAGGUCCACCUCCACCACCUGGAGUGGCACCGCCACCUGUGCCAGGCACGUCCCCUGUUGCGCCAGUUCCUCCGCCGCCGAGAGGGCCUCCACCUGUUCCCGGCGUUCCGCCACCAGGGUAUUAUAGCUGGGGACAGCAACCUCAGCAAUCCUCAUACGGAUCUUACGGAGUCCCACCGCCUCCACCAGGUCAGUCUCAGCAACAGCCCCCACCUCUUCCUCCCGGUAGUGAUAUGUCAACUAUGAUGGGAAUACCACCACCACCACCCCCUCAGUAGUUCCCGAUGAACGUUUAUUUGUGUACCGAGAUUUGGUCUCAAUUGGGCGUAAUGAAUUUAUUCAUACUUCUAAA